AUGGAGCUUGCCAAGCUAUUUCUCUCACACUUACCAAUUCAUCAUUCAAGGUAUAGUACUGUUCUAUCACUGUUCCAAGGAAUUAACAUGUCUAGUCAAGUCUCAGCAUGUUCUCUAGCCCAGAUUCCUAAACCCAAAAAUCGUCCCGUGACAAAUUUUCACCCCAACAUUUGGGGUGACCAAUUUAUCACCUACACCCCUGAAGACAAGGUUACACGUGCCUGCAAAGUGGAGCAGAUUGAGGAUCUGAAAAAGAAAGUGAAAAUGAAAUUAACGGCUGCUACUGCUAACCAUUCCCUAUUGCUGAACUUCAUUGAUGCAGUGCAACGGCUUGGGGUGGCAUACCACUUUGAACAAGAGAUAGAAGAAGCGUUACAACAUAUUUAUAAUAGUUUUCAUGACCUCAAUGAUAUUGAUGGUGAUCUCUAUAAUGUUGCUCUUGGAUUUCGACUACUAAGGCAACAAGGAUACAGUAUUUCGUGUGAUAUAUUCAAAAAGUUUACGGAUGAACGAGGUAGAUUCAAGGAAGUUUUGAUCACAAAUGUACGAGGCAUGCUAGGCUUGUAUGAAGCUGCACAUCUCAGGGUUCAUGGACAGGACAUACUUGCAGAAGCACUUGCUUUCACCACCACUCACCUCAAGGCCAUGGUAGAAAGUUUAGGAUAUCCUCUUGCAGAACAAGUUGUUCAUGCCCUGAACCGGCCCAUUAGAAAAGGUUUGGAGAGGAUAGAGGCAAGAUGGUAUAUAUCCGUCUACCAAGAUGAAGCUUUCCAUGAUAAAACUUUACUAGAGCUGGCAAAAUUAGAUUUCAAUCUAGUGCAGUCACUGCACAGGGAAGAGCUAAGCAAUCUUGCAAGGUGGUGGAAAGAAUUAGGCUUUGCUACAAAGUUACCUUUUGCACGAGACAGAUUGGUUGAAGGCUACUUCUGGAUACUUGGGGUGUAUUUUGAGCCUCAAUACUUACAGGCUAGACGAAUUCUAACCAAAGUAAUUGCUAUGACAUCCAUUCUAGAUGAUAUCUAUGAUGCAUAUGGUAAUCCUGAAGAACUCAAGCUCUUCACAGAAGCCAUUGAGAGGUGGGAUAUUAACAGCAUAGAUCAGCUUCCAGAAUACAUGAAACUCUGCUAUGCGGCACUCUUAGAUGUGUACAAAGAAAUCGAGGAAGAGAUGGAGAAAGAAGGACACCAAUAUCGGGUUCACUAUGCCAAAGAAGUAAUGAAGAAUCAAGUUCGAGCUUACUUUGCUGAGGCCAAAUGGUUACAUGAAGAACACGUACCAACAAUCGAAGAGUACUUGCGUGUUGCACUAGUAAGCUCUGGAUACUGCAUGCUUGCAACCACGUCCUUGGUGGGAAUGGGAGAAAUAGCAACAAAGGAGGCCUUUGAUUGGGUGACCAGCGAUCCUAAGAUUAUGUCAUCUUCAAAUUUUAUUGCAAGGCUCAUGGAUGACAUCUCAUCACAUAAGUUUGAGCAAAAGAGAAAGCAUGUGGCCUCAGCCAUUGAAUGUUACAUGAAGCAAUAUGGUGUCUCUGAAGAACAGGCAUACAGUGAGUUUCGAAAGCAAAUUGAGAAUGCAUGGAUGGAUAUUAACCAGGAAUGCCUCAAACCUACUGCUGUUCCAAUGCCUCUCCUUGCUCGUGUUCUCAAUCUUACACGAGCCGCGGAUGUCAUUUACAAAGAGCAAGACAGUUACACACGUGUUGGGAAAGUGAUGAAGAAUAACAUUGCGGCUUUCUUCAUUAACCCUAUAAUAUAACCAAAUGGAUGAGUUGAUUAACGUCCCCUAUCUAAUAAAUCAUUAUAAUAAGGUGAAGGAGUAAUAUGUAACACAUCAUUGUAAUAAGGUGAGAUGGACACAUUAUAUGUAGCACCUAGU